AUGAUUGCUGAACAUGGACUCAUUACUCUAGUAUAUACCCUAUAUCGAGUAGUACCUCAGGAGAUUUUGGUCUUGGCAUAUGAUUUUGCUCCACGAGGGUCCCUGCACGACAUCCUUCAUGAACAGGAAGGCAUAGGUUCAAGCUCAAAUCCGAAUCCAGCUUUAACAUGGUCUCAAAGAAUUCAAAUCGCUCUUGGGGUUGCCAGGGGAUUAUGCUACAUACAUAAUUAUUGCUGGGAUUUAGUCCAUCACAACAUCAGAUCCAACAAUGUUUUACUCUGUGAUGAUGAAACUGCUAUGAUAAUUGAUCCUUUACUAUGGACUCAAUGUCAAUCUUGUAGGACAAUAUCAUAUAAAGAGUGUCAUCCUAAUCUAUUGAAUGCUCACAAUCAGAAAUGUGAUAUUUACAGCUUUGGUGAGGUUCUCCUUGAGCUCUUGACAGGUAGUAAAAUAGUUGAUAACACACUACGAGCAGGGCAGCCUGACCUUAUGUUAUGGCAAGCUUUUAUACAGCUGGAUUCAGACAGAUGGCUCAAGUUGCUCAACUGUGCCUUCAAGAUAGAGCUCCAAACAUGCGUGGAGUUGUACGAGAUCUCGAGCUGUGACUUCAUGAAACCAAAUGACAGCAGUCAAGGAGCCAAAAUCAAUUGA